AUGUUGAAGACGCUCAAAGAUGAUGUCAUUUCCGACACAGUAUCUUCUGGCGUUGCUUCUGAUAUUAACCGUAAAAAGCUACAAAAUAUUGAAAAUCUGGUUCAAAAACUCACAAGGCUCAACUCGACUCACGAUGAAGCACACACCGAUUACAUUGCAUCUCUCUGUGAAAACACAAAGCCCGAUGACCGGUAUAUAUCCGAGAUUCUAUUAGCUUCCGGGCUCCUACUAAGAGACCUCGGGUCAAACCUCACCACCUUCCAGUUCCACUCUUCGGGCCACCCGAUUAACCCUGAGCUAUUUCUAGUAUUGGAACAAACCAAAUUCCGCAAUACACCCGAAAAGAUCAUAAAAAAGGAAAAAUUCCACAGGAAGCUUAUUUUCGAUGCUGUUAAUGAGAUUCUCGCAGGGAAGUUAGCUUUAGCGGUUCCUUUUCAGAAGUCUUUUAAUAGCUUGAUUCAUCUUAAUCGCAUUACUUCAAAGUACAAUUAUACAAACCCUAAACACUCAUACAUCAAACAAUUUGAUUCCCCGUUUGUUAAACAGCAACGCAAAUCACACACAUAG